UAUAAGUCAUUUUAAAGGGCCUUCUCUUAUAUAUUACCUUAAAAGAACAAAUGCCACCUACUGACAAACAACAAUACUUGUAAAACAUUGGAUGUAUCCAGUAACUUGACUUUGAUUGAAGGUUAUUUUGUCAAACUAGUAUUUCAAAGGUCAUGAGUGAACAUUAAAUUCUUGGGUUGAUUUUCUUCGAGGCGACGACACAUCUGACAAGAAAACAACUGAAAUGUAUAUGAAAUAUAAAGCAUUUAUGCUAAAGUGUGUGAUUCAAGCAAAACAAAAGAAUGUGAAUCAGGAGGGACAAAGUGCACGCUAACAAUGCAGGUUAAAGGGGAAUACCUAUUUUGUGUACAGCCUUGCUGAAUCACAUAAAAAGAAAUUGAGUCGAUACAGUAUAAUCUGGGACGAUGAGAGAGGGUAGAUGAUGAGAUAAAGACUGAUGUUUAAUAUGUAGGUUGUGUUGGUUUGCACAAGUGAUUGAAUUAUGUGCAACAUUGCGCCGUGAAAUCGCUAUUUAGUGUUAUAUCCGACGUGGCCUGAAGGCAGCAGCGGCAAAGACGUGGCCGUGGUGCAGCUGCUGCGUUCAAGUGGCGCAGUGUCCCGUCUGGAGGCAAAGAGGGCGAAGUUUCACUCUGCAUUGCAGCCUGAGCGCUGCUGCCGGAAUCCAACACAACAAUGGCGACUCCCAGUCCUGACAGCAACUCCACAAGCUCCAGCAACAGCAGCAACAUUGUAGGAUCCACGUCGCACCACUUUCAUCAGCAGACACAGAGCAGCAGCAUGCAAGAAACCAACACCUGCUGGAGAUGUCAAAAUGAAACAGGGUUUCAGAUAAGCCUGUCUGGAGUGUCCCAAAGUAAACGUAAAGCCCUGAAGCUGAAUUUCGCCAACCCUCCAGUCAAACCCGCCUCCAGGCUCCCGCUCAAUCCAACACCUCCCUCUUUCCAGAACCCUCACAUAGAGCGUCUGCGGACACACAGUAUUGAGUCGUCGGGGAAGCUGAAGAUCUCUCCGGAGCAGCACUGUGACUUCACUGCAGAGGAUCUGAGAGACCUCGGGGAAAUCGGUCGCGGGGCGUAUGGCUCCGUCAACAAGAUGGUCCACAAACCCACCGGCCAGAUCAUGGCUGUCAAGAGGAUUCGCUCCACCGUGGAUGAGAAGGAACAGAAGCAGCUGCUGAUGGAUCUCGACGUGGUCAUGAGGAGUAGUGACUGUCCCUACAUUGUUCAGUUCUACGGCGCUCUCUUCAGAGAGGGGGACUGUUGGAUUUGUAUGGAGCUUAUGUCUACCUCAUUAGACAAAUUCUACAAAUAUGUAUACUGUGUAUUAGAUGACGUCAUUCCAGAGGAAAUAUUAGGCAAAAUAACAUUAGCGACCGUUAAAGCACUGAACCACUUAAAAGAAAACUUGAAAAUAAUUCACAGAGACAUCAAACCUUCCAACAUUCUAAUGGACCGAAGGGGUAAUAUCAAGCUGUGUGAUUUUGGCAUCAGCGGUCAGCUGGUGGACUCCAUAGCUAAGACCAGAGAUGCGGGCUGCAGGCCUUACAUGGCGCCUGAAAGGAUAGACCCCAGUGCUUCCAGACAAGGCUAUGAUGUCCGUUCUGAUGUGUGGAGCUUGGGAAUCACCCUGUACGAGCUGGCCACAGGAAGGUUUCCAUACCCCAAGUGGAAUAGUGUUUUCGAUCAGCUGACACAGGUGGUGAAAGGUGAACCUCCACAGCUCAGCAACUCAGAGGAGAGGCAGUUCUCUCCCAAGUUCAUCAAUUUUGUUAACCUAUGCCUUACAAAGGAUGAAUCAAAAAGGCCAAAGUACAAGGAGCUUCUGAAACAUCCCUUCAUUCUGAUGUAUGAAGAGCGUUUUGUGGACGUCGCCAGUUACGUCUGUCGCAUCCUGGAUCAAAUCCCUGCCUCUCCCAUCUCUCCCAUGUACGUGGACUGAUGUAGUUAGGCUGGGGGAUGGGGGUGGAGACACUAAUGCAACGCUUGACAUCGUAGCCCUCAGAGAUACGUAGGAUCACCUGUUUAUUCACACGUUCCAAAAAACCAAGGAACUAAGUCCAAAUUGCCCGGUGCAAUGAGAAAAAUAUUAAGUAAAUCCUUCCACCUCUAAUCACCUCAUUUUAAAGUCAGUGAAAUCUAAAACAUUGUCCUCCAUCAUCACCCAGAGAAACUUGAAGACAUGACGUUGUCUUGGUAAACUGCAAUGCAUCUUUUUAUGUGAGGAAAAAGGAAUAGAUUAUAGUAUGGUGUGUGUGUGUCUGUGUGUGUGUGUGUGUGUAUAUAUAUAUAUAUAUAUAUAUAUCUAUACACACACUUGAACUAAACAAAUACAGAAUUUACCAAAUGAAAUGUGACACUCAUGUCCUAUGAACAAAAAUAGCCACCUAUUGGAUUGUACAGUUUGGACUGUAUGUAUGCAUAUGUGUGUUCACCUCUGAAUUGUUGACAUGUACAGAUGUCUGCCAUACACACACACACGCACACACUUACACUUUUCAGGCAGUUUGUUGUGGGCACCUUCACUCAUAGUAAAUGAGUAUGCAAAAGUGUUUUCUCUUUGGAAAGCUCAUGGAUUCGGUAGCGUGGCUUUACUUUUUUCCAAUAUGCAAUCUGUGAGAGUUUGUCUUGACACAUGAUUGGGACAUGUACAUUUCUCACAUCCAAUGUUACCCCCUGUUUGUGCCUUUUCACAUAUUAUCAUUACUUUUGAGUCACAGAGCUAAAGAUCUGCUUUUCUGAAUGAUAAAUGUGUGGCAAGAAACCUAGAAUCCUAGGCCUAGAUCACUUAACAAGACUUACGGCAGGUUUGACGGUAUUGGCUGAAUGACUUAAAGCCUCUUUUAUCAAACAAUAUUUUGUCCACUGCACAGAGUAAAGAAAAAAGCCACCCAUUUUCCAGUAGACUGUUUCCUAAUCCAAAAAAAUCAUGCCUGGAAAUGUUGGUUUUGGCUUGAUAGCAUUUUUUCGAAUUGGAAAACUUUUGAAAGGUCUAAUAAGGUUGUGCUUUUAGCAUCUGCAUGUAACUAAAGUGAACUGCAGAUAUAUCUACAGAAAGCACAUUCACCAGAUAUGAUCCACAUGUUACAAGUUAGCCAUUACAGAAUUAGCACCAAGUAGCCACAGCUUAUCUGACCUAUUGAUGGUGAUAUUUGUUGUCUUAACCAGCUAAAAUGAUGAUAAUAGUGUCUAAAAAUUAGACAAUUAGACAACAUAAAUGUGUUCUCUAUUACUUUUUGCCAGAAAGGAAGAGGAAGAAGGAACAAAUGGUUUAGCAUUGGAGUUAAGCUAAUUUUGAUAUUUUUCUAGCUGUUGGUCUCCGACCUUACGGAAAUGACAUACCAGCCUUGUUCAUUUUGUAUGGCACAACCUAAGAUUAAUGUAUACAAAUCCCAAAAAUUGAGCAUAGAGAUGUGUAAUUUCCAGCUAUCAUUUGCAUUUUUCUGAAUUAGGAAAUAAAGUUACAAUUUGGGAGUAAAAACCCACAAGAGUCCUUCAGGUCUAUCUUCCAGAUAAACAGAUGCUGAGCUCUGUGAGUCAGACGUAAUGACAGUACAUAAUAGGCCCAAACAGGGUCUAAUUCAAUGCUACAUUGCCUGAUGUAAAGUUACUUUGGGACAUUAUGUCCACUGAUGUAAAUGUGUAUGUAUAUAGUACAUUUAAUCUGCUGUUCCUGGCAGGUUCUGCUUGACAAUUAAGGCUCAUUCCUAAACACAGAGAUGAUGGAAUAAAAGAGUGAGGGGAUUUGGGAGUUUGACGUUGAAUGAAAAUGCGUCCGUGUGUUGCAGUUUGAGAAUGAGCCCUAAUGCUCCUCAGCAGCCUGUCAUAGCACUGUACAGUUAAACUGCUCAUCCACACUGAUCACAGAUCCACCAUGCUGCCAUGCAGAGGCAAAAAGUAGUAACUACAGGGUUUCCUGUCGACAAAAAUGACAUCCAUGAAUGCUGCUAAAUGACGUAAUUCUGUACCAACCACACAACAGUUAGGAGGUCGCUCCUCACGUACAGUAGUAGUUACAGCUCUUUGACCUUUAAGAUCAUCCUGGACUCAGCAUGUUCCUCCGUGACUCGGCAUGUCUUUCUGGCUUGCACUGAUGAUAAAAUGUUUAAUUCCCCAAACUAUGUAUCACACUAUGUAUCACACUCAGGAUGCAUUUCCAUAGUCUAAAACCCGUUCCGUCACCUGUCUUCCUCCGCUGGUGCUGAUAUCCUACAGCAGCUUUUUUCACUUGGAGAGGGCAAAAGUUUAACGGUGGGCCACUGGCCAAAAGUAAGCCCCUAUUCUAAAGUAUUGUUAAGAUGCAAAAUGUUACAAGGAGUCCAAGUUUCCUUAAUAAAUGUCCUCAUGACAAAUAAUCAAUGAUAAUUAGGAAUCCUACAUAUUUAAAGAGCAUUUUACCCCACCAAACCCUGCAUAAACAAACAGUGCUUUACAUUUUUACCUUUUAAAUUUUAUUUUGUCAUUGCUUUAAACAUCUGAUUGGUCUGAUUGAGCCUCAUGGCAGAGCAGCCUUGGCCCGCCGACCGGGCUUUGGGCCGCCCUGUACUACAGUUUAACAUAGCUGGGCUUCACUUGAGAAACUUGAGACUAUUGAAAUUCAUCCAGAGUAAUUCCCUCACAGAAUGCCACAUCUCCCAGGUGUUAGUUGAUGGACAAACAUCAUACACUUUGGAGUUAGCUACUUAACCAAACUGUCUGUAUGGAUGGUGGUCCUCCUAGACUGGGACACUGUAGAGACUUGUAAUGUAAUAAAUUACUUUAAAGGAUAAGGCUAGCAUUAUUUAUAUUUUCUUUUUUGUCAACAGAUUCCAUUAAUAUAACAAUAUUGCCAGCCUUAUCCUUUAAUCUAGCAGAUGCUAAUAAUUUAAAGUAAUUUAAUGUAACACAGCCUAUACGAUGAGCCAUGAGUAUGCAGUAACCUCAGUUAACUGUUGACUUUGUCACGCGAUGCAAGAUCAGUUGGAUGAUAUUUUAUGUGUCUGAGUAUUACUAUUGUUGUUACUCAUUUAGCUUAAUGUGGGAAAAAUGCAUUUUUAGACCGUUUUCAACACUGAUUGACAUUUAGUUUCCUUGCAUUAAAGGAACUACUAUACUUAAAGGGCCACUCCAGCAAUUUAUUGUUGUGCUUUCAUAAUGUUGGGAGAGACCAGUUAACAAAGACUGGUCAAAAGUGAUGCGGCAGAGGCUGAGAUAUCCUACCUUAGUCCUUCAUAUGGAGCAAACUCCAAAACCAAAAAGAAUAAUCCUGAUGACAUCAUCAGGUUACUUAGUUACUCUGAGACUUGACAAAGCUCAUCCUGAGCCACAGAAGACAUUAUACAACUAUUUUAAGAGGCCAAAUAACUCUCAUGAUCACUGGUAAUUUGACAUGUACUGUAUGUGUGAACGAUGCUGGAGUUACCCUUUACGUUUUAUUUAAAAUGCUAUAUAUGCCUCUACAGAUGUCAGCCAUGUUGGAAAAUGGCCACCAUCAGUGGGAAGUGUCAGGGAGGUUGGGGACAAACUUGUUUAAAGACUUGUGGCUUAUCUGCAAGGGGGUAAAACAUUAUCCAUCCAAGGUGGUAGACAUGCAGUGUAGACCAGACUUGAUUCUCUGUGUAGUUUAAAUGGAGAAUUGUGUCAGCUCUGUUCUUUCCAUUUCUAUCUGUAUUGCGAAAUGGUGCAAACCAAUGAGAAAGCCCUCGCUCCCCCUCACAACAGACAGAGCCACUUCACUGCAGUCUCCAGAUCUGUUCUUCUCUCAUGGGAUACAUUUCCAGGAAGCUAGCUUACCGCUGGUGAAUAUGAAUCUCCAGGGUACAUGUUGUAUAAAUUGCAAUUUGCUAGAAUGUUCAUAUUAGAUUAUAAGAUAAUAUUAAGGGCGAUGAAUAUUAUAUUGUAUCUUUAUCAAGGGUUACAAAUAAAGUUCCCAUGGAAAAGAUAAA